UAGGUUGCUGGUAGCAUAAUGGUCCCUCAAUCGUCGUACGCAUUCUCUCGACGUCUCCGAGAGGCCCUCAAGCGCUGUAGAUAGCAAGUCGGGGAGAAGGACGGUGUUCAUGCUCAUUGCUGGCAAUGAGGAUGACGCAAACGAACACGUGCGCGCCGAACAAUAGGCGCGUGCCCGUUGUGUACGGCUGUUAGGCUGCGCCCCCGCGCGCAGGUGCAAUAAACUCGUCCUCGACGCUCAUGUCGCCCCCGCCGCGCAACCCCUCCCCCGAGCGCUCGGGCAUCUUCUCCAGCGUCUUCGACUUUGUCUCGCGCGAAUUCGAGUGCUUUGUCGCGAAUGCCACAGGGCGGGCCGAUGAGCAGCCAUCUGCUGCGCCCCCGCAGCACAAGACACAUAACAGGCUGAGGAAGGAGCCGGGGAGGUACAGGAAGACGCGACACGACUCCCCGAACGCGCGCAAUGCAGCGAAGAAGGUCGAGAGGGCGAAACAGGCUGCGCGCGAACGCGACCGCGCAAAUGCGGGGGAGACAGCCAGGAAACGCGCCGAGACGCGUCCCCAAGAGGGGGAACAGGAUCAACCAGCUACAUCCAUGCCGCCCCCACCUGUUCCAGCCGCCUCAUCUUCACGACCCACCAUGCCGGGCUCCCUGUUCCCUCGGUCGCCAUCGAUGAUGCCAGAAACUCCGCGACCUAUUCUUCAAUUCACCCCCGCGACACCUAUACGAGAGACCGCUGAAGAAGACCCACCCACACCGACGCGCUCAUCCCCCAAACACGCACGUGCGAACAACGGCGCAUCGAACGCGUUCCCCACGAGGCCUAUACGCGAGCCCAGGAUGGAAGACAACGCACCCCCUCCGACGCGCUCACCCUCAAAACGCACGCGUGCAAACAGCAGCGGGUCGCAUCGCUCUCAAGCAGACGACAACAUCAUUGUCAUCUCCGACGAGGAAGAAGAGCACGACGAUGAUGGCUACCCACCCCGGAUUCCCUCCUCCGCCAAGGGCAAGGGCCGGGCGGACGAAGCCGACACAACCAUGGCACGACACGAACGAAUGCUACGCAUGGAGCGCGAACUUACCGUGGUCAAGCAAGAGCAAGACGAGAACGAGCUGCGCUGGGCGCGCGAGCCCACAGUCGGUCCAGACGCGGAGCGUGAGCGCGAACGAGACAAGGAGCGCAUACGAAUUUUGGAGGAAGAGAUACAGCGGUUGAAGGAGGAGCUCUCCCGCCGCCCGGUCAUUACUCACUCGAUGGGUCCCCCACCACCCCCUCCGCCCCCGCCUCCUCCACCCACCAUGACCGUCCGCGCACCCACCACCCAGUCCGACCAAUUACUCUCCAACCUACGCGCUGGACUAAAGCACAUGCCCCCUCCCACCGAGAAACCCAUAAACCGCGGUGCCGCGGCGCGUCCAGCUGUCGGGCUUCCUGCAGACAAGAUGGCGGCGUUUCUACAGGAGAUGAAGAGCGUGAGGCUACGGAAGGUGCCGUCGGGGAAGGAGCUUAACCAGUCGACCGGCGGGGGCGGCUUGGUAUCAGCGGGGAGCGGCGGCGGCUUCACUCAAUCGGUGGGCCCCGGUGUACCCAGUGCGAGCGGGCAGCAGGGCAUCGACCGCGGGGCGACACAGAGCAUCGACCGCGGGGCGACGCGGCCGUCGGAGAUUGCGGCGAGCUUGAGCAAGCCGCCGUCUUGCGCGAGCUCGUCGAGUUCGCAUAUCCCGCCCACGCCGAAGACUGGCCCCUCGCCGACGACUGCCCCCUCCUCACCUCGAGACGAGCGAGGGUGCGGUCGCGUGAGUUAGCACGUCGUUAAGGUGAGCACAUCAUCCUCGCUGUACGUCGCUGACGAGGUGGCGGGAGAGGGGGAGGCGAAGUGGAGGGGAGGAGUGCGAAGAGCCUGAGGGGGAGGUCCGACGAGGGGGAGGAAGACGAGGGGAGAGGAGGAGUGUAAGGAGGGGGAGGGGGAGGUGCGACGAAGUGGAAGGAAGGUGGAGGGGGCGGUUCAAAGAGGUGGAGGGACGGGGAGGGGAG